GUCCUUCCGGAGAGAGGGAGGAUCCCGCUGCCGCCGCCACCUCGGAGCCGGAGCCCUCCCGGCGCGCAGCGGAUGCCUCUGCGGCUCCCCGGCCAAGGGCGCGCGCGGGAGCAGCAGGGAGGCGAGCGCUGAGGGCGCAGCGGCCGGCCUCGCUCACGGCCUUGUGCUUCGUCCCCGCACCGCCGCCAUGGCCGACAGCCAGAUGCCCUUCUCGUGCCACUACCCCGGCCGCCGCAGCGUCCGCGACCCCUUCAGGGAGCCCGGCUUGACCUCCCGCCUGCUGGACGAUGACUUCGGCAUGUCGCCCUUCCCCGGGGACCUCACGGCGGACUGGCCCGACUGGGCUCGCCCGAGGCUCACGACCACCUGGCCGGGCCCGCUGCGCGCCGGCAUGGCCCGCGCCUCGGCCAUGGCGCCCGGCUACAGCGCCCGCUUCAGCGGCUACCCCGAGAGCCGCAGCCCAGCGCCCUUCUCCCGCGAGCCCUGGAAAGUCUGCGUCAACGUGCACAGCUUCAAGCCUGAGGAGCUCACGGUCAAGACCAAGGAUGGCUACGUGGAGGUGUCGGGUAAACACGAGGAGCAGCAGAUGGAAGGAGGAAUCGUCUCCAAGAACUUCACAAAGAAAAUCCAGCUCCCCUACGAGGUGGAUCCCAUCACAGUGUUCGCCUCCUUAUCUCCGGAGGGGCUGCUGAUAAUCGAAGCGCCCCAGAUCCCCCCCUACCAGCAGUACGGAGACGGCAGCUGCGGCAGCGAGAUCCCCAUCGACAGCCAGGAAGCGACCUGUGCUUGAGGCAGCCGUCCCCGCUCUCCUUCCCUCCGCACCCCUGGGUUUCUCCUCUCUCCUCUCCCUCCAUGCAAAGAUUUCUCCCUGGCUCCAGCCUCAGUUGCAUUAGCAGGACGAAAGUGUUUUCUGAGCGAGGGAUCUCCCCUCCGGCAGCCCCCUAGCCCAGCGACAAGCGAGCAAGGGAAGGGAUGCAGGGCACAGUCAGGUCUCGGCACCCCCACGGCAGCCCCGGGGCACCGCUGCCUCUGCCAGCGCCCGUCGCUGAUUCUUCUGACGUGACCCAGCACCCGGGGUGAGGAAGUUGCUUUCACGAGACGCAGGCAAGGGCUGGAAAGCGCUGGCAGCCUGGGCUCUGCUGCUGGCUCCUGCCCAGCAGGGCCGUGUUCGAACCAGGGCCUGCGGCUCCUGUGCUCUGACUUCUCCCUUCAACACAUCCGCUUGCCAACAACCACCCAACAAGGCCACAGUUUCACCGAGGCUUUAUAGAGGUCUUAUGUGCUCCAGUAGAAUUUAUCUGUAUAUCAGACCGAACAAAAUAGAUGUCUUCAUUAAUAUCCUUGUUUUGCUAUUGGAUAGUAGGAUGGGAUAUUUAUAACAAUAGCAAGGAAAGGUACCCAUUUCUUCUCUUAAAUUUAAGUGGGAUCCUGUGUCUUUCUCUUCUCUAUUCAUUUUUCUUUUUAAACUACAUGUCUGAACAGCCUCUUGCCAGCAUGAAGAUGAGUGUCUGAUGCAGAGAUUGCCAAGCCUGGUAAACCCCCGGGCCUCCUUAGAAAUGUCACUGUCCGCGUGGUCUGAACGUGUUUCUUUUUUUUUCCAAAGGGAACUUGUGCUUUUCUGUGACAGACUUGAGGAAUAAAGA